GAUAAACUUCGUUUAUAAGUCCAUCGCACUGCCAAAUUUUUCCACUGUUUAACGUUGAAUGUCGCAUCUACGCGAAAAAGGAAAAAUGAUCAUCAACAUCCUGUGUGUGUGUUUGUGGCAGUGGCUACUGUUUUCAGGGGGCGAAUGCAGCACAGAAACAACCAUCAUAGCAGACAAUGUCACCUUUCUUCUGUUCACACCGCACAACCCCAAGAUCCCGACGGUGAUGAGAAUUAACGACAGCUCCUCCCUCGGUCACUUCAACACGAGCCUCACGACUGUCAUCGCAGUGCACGGGCAGCACGGGAAUGGAAGAGGACUCGAUGCCAUCCCGCACGGCUACCUGUCGAAGGGGAGCUACAACGUGAUCGAGAUGGACUGGAGCGGCCCGGCGAACGGGGCGUACAACCACGUCAAGCACCUCAUCGAGCCGGUGGGCAAGGUGGGGGCACAGUUCCUGGACUACCUGGCGUCCCAGGGGCUGGACCUGGGCCGCGUGCACCUCGAAGGGGCCAGCUUCGGGGGCCAGGUCGUGGGCAUCAUGGGCGGCAACGUGAAGGCCGGCCGCGUCGGCAGGAUCACAGGCCUGGACCCCGCGCGGCCGUGGUUCGACACGCUGGGCCCCGAGCACCGGCUGGACGACACGGACGCCCAGUUCGUGGACGUGAUCCACACGUGCGCCGGCAAGGUGGGCUGGCUCACCCCGCUGGGACACGCAGACUUCUACCCCAACAGCGGCAACUGCAGCCAGCCGGGCUGCACCGCCGGAGACCAGAGAUGCAGUCACGUGAGGGCGCUGUACUACUUCGAGGAGUCCAUCACGUCCGAGGUGGGGUUCCGGGCGAAGAAUUGCGACAGCUGGGCGGACUACGAGAGCGGCUCGUGUGCCGGCAAUGCCACCGUGCUCAUGGGAGACCCAACGCCGAUGAGCACGCGAGGCGUGUUCUACCUCCACACUGCAGGCUCAAAACCCUACGCGCUUGGAGCAAACUCCUAUGAAGCAGAAUGAGUUCACAGGCCAGCGAAAACUCUCUCAUCGGACAUUGUAGUGACAGUGGCAAAAUAAAGUCGGCCACAUAAAAAAAAAAUAAGUUACUGGCACAAGGUUGUAUUUGUACAGUUAUAAAUAAAUCAUAAAAACCUUCCAAGCCA